UAUUCUGGCAUCUCUCUAAGAAGUGAAAAGAGUUUGUAAAUUAUAAAAAAUUUUAUGUUUGUGAUUUACAUUGAAUAUAAUUUAUGGACUUUUCAAUGCAAGAGAAAAUUAUAAAAGUAUUCUUACUUAUGUAUUCCAUAAGUUAUAAGAAACUUCAUUAUGUAGCCGUUAAGGUUAAGUAAAAAAUAAUUGUCUAAGCUGCUGGUUGGUUCGUUCGAUUCGUUUGUAGUAUAGAAAAAAUUCCAAAUAAAAGAUUUGUUCAUGCAACUGAAAUAACAAAGACAAAGAUAUUAACAAAUAAGAUUUAUUGCAGAAAUAUUUAAUCAACUUUAGUAGCAAAAAAAAAAUUAGCAGAGCAUGGCGUCCUCUAUGUUGUCGGCAGAAGCGGGCAACAAGAUGCCUGCGAUUACGACUAACGAUGAUGCAUUAGCUUCGAAUUCUCGUAUAUGUGCUAAUGAUCCAGAUUUUGCUAUGAUUUGCGCCUUUCUACAAAAAUUUUAUAAAGACUUGUGCUUAGAUUUACCCAAUUUCAGUCAACUACAAGAAUGGCUGACCAGAACAGAUGAAGUUUCUUGCCAAUUACGAGAUCUGCAUAUAAAACUUCUAAGAAAAACUCGUAAAACCGUACAUGAAAAAAGUUGGGAAUCAGCGUUAAGCAAGUUUUGUUUCACGUAUUCCGCCCAAGACGCCUGGGAAAUUGAACGGUUUGGAUACAAAAACUCUAGUAUAAAAGUGAAAUUGAGGAUACUAAGGGAGCUACUUGAAAGCCAAUUUGAGCGCAACGCGAAAUUUCGGGCUAAAAUUCUUUCUUUUAGUGCGGACUCUUUAAGAUUACAACCUAUAGGGCGUGAUCGAUUAGGUCAUGCCUAUUGGGUAACACAGGAUGGUGAUUGCAAUAUACGUAUCUAUCAAGAGCAUUUGGACGAAGAGAUCUGGCAUCUGGUAGCCACAAAUCGUAUGGAGUUUGCAAACUUGAUUACACGUCUUAAGGCAAAUGAAGUAGUUUUACCAUCAGCAAAUAUUGGCAUAGUAGAUGAAGACACAAAUAGCAACAGCAGUGUUGUUGUAAAUAAAAGGUCAAAUACUUCAGAUGAGCAAGAUGAUUCACAAGAAUGUGAUCGAAAAAUUCCAAAUUUACGUAUAAAAUUAAAUACUAAGAAGAAAGAAAAGCAGGAAACUGAUAUGGAGAACACAAUAAUGAGGGAUGAAAAACAAUCCACGGAGGAAAAUUGCAAAUUACUUGUCGAAAACGGAGAAAUUAGUGCGGGAAGCGAACACAAAAAGCCUAAUAAACCUGUCGAAGACACUGCUAAUGAAAUUGAAUUAUCCAGUUGUAAUAUGAAAGUAAAGUCUUUGGUUGUAUUGCAAACGAAGCGGAAACUGGACUUGCCUGAAAGACUCACCUGUAGUAGCAUUGAUAAAAGAAGCACGAGCAGUUGUGUAGAUACUUCUCAGCUUGUUAAAGAAAACAAUCAAAAUAAUACUCCGAAAAAACCAUGGUCUUCUGGAGUUGAUAAGUCUGAAAAGAAACGCAGCAAUUACGAUGAUGAACAUAUCAAAGAGGUUUUGGAAGAUUCUUCAAAUUGUGAAGAGGAAGAGGUAGAUGAAGAAGACAUGGACUCUGCAGCUGCAGAAGAAGAUGAAAAUGAAGAAAAGGAGAUCGAACCCUUUGACGACAAUGACGAAAACAUUUUAAGUGAAGAAAUUGAAGAUCCUAUAAUACAAAUUCAGGGUUCUGGCUCUGGCAAAGAAUGUGACGUGGGAAAUGUGUGGUUGGCUGCAGUUUUACCACGUAUGGAGUCUGAGAAUAAUUAUUUGUCGUUUGUAGGAGAAGCAAUAGAAGAAGAAUUUUUUUAUGUGUAUGUAGAAGGAUCUGGAAUCGAUUGUUUAGUAGGAAAUGAAAAGGGCAACGAAGACUUAGCACCUUCAAAUACCCCGCUGUUUACAAAGGAGUCUUCGCCAUCAAGUAAUACUUUAACUGCUGGCACUCUUUCAAAUCUUGACGCGACAAUUUGCCUAAAACCAAACAGCCUUGAAAGCCCUACUCAUAUUGCACAAGAGUCCACUGAAGUUAAACCACAAGUAGCUGAAAUUCAUAGUGACCAGCACAGUAGUGCAAAAAUAAAUAGUGACCUUAAAUGUACCGCAGCAGAGAGCAAUAAUGCCGAAGAAAAUAAAAAUUGUGGGAUGACUCCUUCGCUUCCAACAGAAACAAGAAAAGACGAUUUUUUUAAAGAUCCCAAACACUCCCAAGAGAAAUGCGAAAGCUCUGAAAAAAUAUCGACGAACGAAGCUAAGGUAAAAGAAUUGAUAGAAGAAAAAAAAACUGAGGAACCUGGCCUGACCGAGAAGAAUGCAGAUAGCAUUUCUGAAGAACACACUAAUUACAUUGAAGUAAAAGUUAACGUUGAACAGGAUCAAUUAAAAAGUUUCCAUCCGCAUGUAAAACCGAGUAGUCCGACGGAAACAAUAAGUGAAACCGAAGUUAUCGAAACAAAAAAGUCUGCACUAGAAUCUCUUAAAAAAGAACUCAGAGAGUGCAAACAAAAGUCCUUAGAAAAUAACAUUCAAUCAUUAAAAGAAAUUAGUAUGCCAAAUGCUAGCAAGCCUGUAGCGUGGAAUCGUAAAAGGCGUUUUAACGAGUUUACUUCUUUGCAAAAUUCACGUCCAUCCAAUUCUGAAAGUGAAAUUGAGAUCAACUCUGAAAACUUGGAGGAUGUGGCUCAGGAAUCUCAAGCGGGGGAAGAGCUCGCUGUAGGAGGAAAAAGACUAAAAAUGCGCCUUAAGCAGAUAAAUCCCGAAAUUCGUAAGAAGAUUGAAGCGCAAAAAGACGCAGCUAAUGAAGAAACAACAUCAUCCAGUAGUGGAGAAGAAGACUCCCGAAGUCGACGUAAAAUUAUAUCGCCUAAAAAACACUUUCAAAAAAAUGAGGACGCCUCUUUAAGCACAUCUACAAGCAGAAGCCCUGGACAGGCAGACACAGAAGUCUUAAAAAAAGUAGAAGAUGAAAUAAUUUCCAACGCAGCUACGAAUGCUGUUCCCAAAGCUGCUCAGAUCAUCACCAAAUCCGCCAGGCCUUCGUUGGCGGAAAUUAUCGAAAAAAAACUGAAAAGGAGUUGUAGACGGGCAGAUGUUAGUGUGACGACUGAUGUAACGAAGAUUGAAAACGUAAACCCUUCAAAUAUGCUUCCGUCUAAAGAUUGUCCCAUCUUACAGCCUUUAAAGAAAAAUCUUUUAACUCAAUUACGACAAAAAGAAAAAGAAAGUGAUGAUGAGACUAUUCCCAGAAGACGUACAACUAGUGAUAGUUCGAAUGCAAAGACCGCAGUUGAAAACAUCACAGAUGCUACAGAAGCAGAUUGUAAAGAGGACAAUUUUGCACUUAGCAUACAACGGGAGACGUCUGAGAAUCAAAAAAGAUUGAAUAACAAUGCAAACGCCCUGCAGGAAGAAUUUCAUGAAAAGGAUGUUUCGAAAGAAGAGCGUAGUCACAACGCAGAACGCAAAUGCAUUAACUUCAAAUCAGAUCUUGAAGAACUUCCGGAAGAUGUUAAGAAAGAAAGUGCAAGCGAUGUUAAAAAAAAAGAACCAAGUCAUGUAAAAAAAGGGGUUCCUUUUGAUUCGCAAACGUCUGUAUCUAGUAGAAGAUCUGGCAGGCGUGGUGGUACAAAUAUUAUUUACGCAGAAUUACCACAACCUAAAAGAACGCGUAAUGGUUCCAGAAACGUCAACAAAACGCCAUCGAAAAUUCUAAAAGGUGAUCUCCCAUCGAAACAAAUGAAGACAGAAUCUAAUGAAAUCAAUAAGGAAGUAAAGGACAAGAAGAGCGAAUCCUCUAAUGUAGUAAAAUGUCUGCUGUCAACGAAAGGGGAGGACACGGUAAAGCAAAAGAAAGAUCAAAGUGAUUCUGUGCUUUUAAAACUUUCAAAUAAAACGCCUACCAUCCCGGCUGAUAAAAAACCAGCAAUUUCUACAAAUAAAGCGCUAACAAUUUCUGCUAAUAAAACGCCAAAAAACUCGAUCAUGGCAACAACUCCUAUUAAUAAAGCGGCGCUGGUGGUUGUCACUCGUGGAAAAGGUUCACGUAAAAAGCGUGAGGUCGAUACUACCAACAUUAUUGAAUCUACGGACGCAGAAACUCCUGUCCGUCAGUCGAGGCGAAUUGCACAACAAAAAAUUCGGGAAGAAGCGGAACGUCGGAAGCUAGAAGAAAUUGCUUUGAGAACUAUGAAACAAGAACUGAAGAAGAAGAAAAAAGCUGAAAAGCAAUCGGAUCCCACAGUUAUUGAACCAUCUGAACCAUCGUCAGAUUCUGAGCAAAGUUCAGUUGAGACGAAGAAGAAACGGCCUAGAAAGAAAUUGCCCGGCAAAAAUGGCAGUUGGUCAUCUGAUUCAGAAGAACAGGAGGAACCCGAUGAGGAAGAUGACGAAGACCCACCUCAUUAUGAGACGGAUCCCGGUUCACCUCUUUUCAAAUCUGAUCACGAAUUUUCGCCGGAAUCGGAUCUUGAAGAUGAAACCCAAAUUGUCCCCAUGAAGCGAGCACGCACAGCGCGAAAGGAAGAUGAGGAGAAGGAUGAAGAAGAAUCUUGUCAGCAAUGUGGCAAGUCUGAUCAUCCCGAAUGGAUACUCCUUUGUGACAAAUGUGACAAGGGGUACCAUUGCUCGUGUUUAUCACCCGUUCUUUUUUAUAUUCCUGAAGGGGAUUGGUAUUGCCCGCCGUGUCAGCAAGAUCAGCUAAUAGAAGCAUUAGAAAAACAUUUAAAAGAGUUCGAUAGUUUUGUAGACCAGAAGAGAAAAGACGAUGAGGAAGAAAAACGUUUAGCCAAUGAAGAAUCUAAAUAUUCAGAAAAAAGUUCUGACGUAAACGAGGAGAAUAGCAAAAGUAAAUUUCUGUCGUCGAAAAUCUUUAAUGAUAUCAAAUCUAGUCGUGUACGAAAACAAGCUACGGCUAGGGCGGACCGGCAUAGAAGGCGCACUAAACGUUCCUCCAGCGAAUCGGAAAGUGAAUCGAAAAGCCGAUCGCCAACAAGUACGAAUUCUAAGAGUAAUUCUUCAUCUUCUACCUACUCUGACAGUGACAAUGAACCCAUUUAUAAACUACGCAAACGGCGACAAAUAAAUGUUAGUUAUCGACUCAAUGAAUACGAUGACCUUAUUAAUUCUGCCUUGAAAAAAGAAAUGGAUGAAGCUGCCGGAGCUGGAAACCUGGGACGAGGUAAAGAUAUUACAACUAUUAUAGAAGCGGACAAAGAAGAAAAAGCUCGACAAAGACUGUUGGAAAACCAAGUGUCGUCAAAGGGAAUUUUGACAGAGGGGGAAAAUUUAAAUUUAAACGAUGGCGAAAGUGUUUCGAAAGCAGGGGAAGUCAAUAAUACUUGCCAAAGUAACGAAAAAGAUAGUGAAGACGAGCCAACAAAACGAAAAGCAAACUUGAAACAAACUUUGAAGAAAAAAUCUCGUAAGCUGACAACGUUAGAUGUUAGUUCUGAAGACGACGGUUCCGAUGAAGAUUUUAAAACAUCUUCUUUUGAUGAUGAGGAAGAAGACGAAGAUACUACAAAUUCUACAUCAACAGAUAGUGAUUCGAUUCUAGAGAUAUACAGACGACGUGGAAAUGGUAAAAAGAAGCGUAGAGCCGCACGCCGUUCUAUGCGAGAGCGGCGAAAAGAUCGUAAGUUUAUUAUAGAUGAAAGUGAUGAUGAAGACGAUGACGGUCGACCUUCUACACUAAAAAAGAAACGAAGAGAUGAUUCGGAUUACACCGAAACUGAAGUUGAUGACGAUUAUCUUUCUGAAUUAUCAGAAAAUAUCGAUAGCGCCGAAUUGUGUGAUGAUACAACAUCAGAAGAUUCUGAUGGAGCCUGGCGACCAAACAAACGUAAGAAACAGCGUAAAAUGAACCAUACCGCACGAAAAUCACCAAAACUUAAAAAACCGCUUGUGAAAAAACAGAAAAAGAUUGAAUAUUCUGACGAUGACGUAACUGAAUCCGAAGAAGAAGAAGAAAUCGAAGAAGGAAAGGGUUCUGGCAAACAACCUCGUUCACAAAUACCAAAGACAAUCGACACGACUCCGAAGAGUAACACUAAAGUUAAAGGUAAAAUUACGGUUUCAAAAGUUAAAAAGAAAUCGAAGGCUUCAGACGAAGAUCUUAGUUUUAGUGAUAGUGGUGACAGCACAAGACGAACACGCGGUAGACGUUAUGCCUACAUUGAAGACUUUGACGACGAAAGCUCAGACGGUGGCAUUAAGCCAGGUGUGCAAAGACCAGAUACACCACCUGAAGAACGUGAAAAAUUUAUAAAACGGCAAGAAGAAAUAAAACGUAUGUUAGCAGAAAAAAAUGCGGAGGGUGCAAAACUGGCCGCUACUCCGCGUCUAACCCCCAUUAAAACUCAUUCUGAAAAGGAUAAACGGUCGCCUUCGAAAAUAUCUGAUUCUUUGUCAACCGUUCCAAUAUCUGUAAUUAGGCAGGCAAAAGCGCUUGACAUUGAUUACCUGCAGCGAAAGGGAGAACAUUUGGAUGACCUUGAAAAUGAUGUUGAUGAUGUUGAUGACUUUGACGACGCUGACCUACCCGAUGACUUACCUGACGACAUGGAUGAAGAUGCAAUUGCACGUAUGGUUGAAGAAGAGGAAGAAUUUAACGCUUCCGCUUCCCGCGAUUUACCAGCUCCUGAUGAAGUUUUGAAGACACCCUCCGGAAAUAAACCCAAAACCAAAGAUAUGGAGAAGGCAACGGGUACAUCUAUAAUACCGGUUUCCUCAGUGGGAACAGUUUUGCCAUCAGGCUUACAGGAACCUGUAAGAAAAAGGCUACCAAUGCCUACCAUUUAUCCACCAUUGUUGCGACAUCAGUUCCCGUUACAUUGUACUAGUAUUCCUACUUCACAAAUAAUACAGCGUUCACACGCUGGUCCACCGUCGCAUUUACUGCAGAGCGCUUUAUCAGCGCCUUUAUCACAACCACUACAACGUAACUAUACGUCUCAACCACCGACAUCGCAUCUACAUUUGACAGAUCGCCUAUCCCAUACUACGCCAAUUGCGUCGCUAACUUCGCAAGUUUUAGGUGGUAGAACGUCUACACCAAACGUCCCUUUAAAAUUGACGUCUAUGUCGGAAAUAGCUUCAACGCAAACCAAGUUAGCAACCCUUUCCAAUCAGCCAGAGUCCGUAACAAUAAAUGAUCCAAAACCUCGAGGUCGACGGAAGAAAAUAACUCCGCUAAGAGACCCAUUACAAAAACAACAAAUUGCUGCAGCAGUUACCGCAGCCAAUUCUGCGAGCGGUUCUACCGAUAAAUUAGGUCCCACUUGUGAGUUAUCAACUACGCUCACAUCAAUUCCAUCAAGCGUUAUUAAAAGUGGUCCGCCCGCUCCCAAUCCCAUACAACCAAGCGUUAUAACAAGUUUAUCACAUUUCUCCCAUUCUAUUGCAACUAACAGGUCUGUGGGUUCACCUUAUUCAACUCCAGAAGCCUUUUACGCAGCUCGGUCAACGCUUGGCGUAGGACGUCAUCGGGGUGGCCCGCCAAACUUAUUACCGCCUCAUCCUAAUGUAAGACCAACAUACGGACCACCUCCGCCCUUAAGAGGGUCGGCAACUGGUCUAAGUCAUUCCACGUCAAGUGGUGCAAGCAAUAUUCGACCACGAUUUGCCACACCAUCUUCAUUGAGUGGAAGAGACCACCAACUAUCUACAUUUAUUGGUUCAUCCCCAAGGCCGCCAGCGCCUAAUUUAAAUCCUCCUUAUAGACAACAGAUCUAUGGAAAUCCUAAUUAUGGGCCACGUGUACAUUCUCCUGCAAGUAAUUUAAAACGAGCUCUUCCUCCUUCCCAUGGAGCGGAGUAUUCAACUACUUCGCGUGUGUUUCCGCCUUAUGUAUACUACCCCCCACCUCCCCCACUAACAACACCGAUUCAAUCGCAACCACAAACAUCCGCUUCGACUCAAAUGAAACAAACUCCGAUUCCGAUAUCAUCUUCAACAUCUGUCAUAGUUGCAGCUCCUCCUUCUGCUUCUCUCUCACCUACAACUAUCGGCACAUCUGAUUCUUCUACCAUAACCCCAAAAAAAGUAACUACAUCCAAAUCGCGAUCACCAACAGACAAUCCUGGUGAAAAUAAAUCACUAAUUGAUUCACCCAAGAAGUUAACAACUUUGGAGAGCUAUAAAAACUCUAGCAUAAAAUCUCCUUUACCUGUAGAUGACGAAUCGUCCGGUUCUAGAAGUCCCAUCAUUCAUCAGGACCCAACCGAGUGCUCUUCUUCACCGCUGACAGUAUCCGAUAGUGCAAAUACGGCCCAACAACACUCCGAGGAUGGAGAAGGAAAAGCUAGUGAAUUUAGCGGCCUGGUGAGCUACUUUAGUUCUCAACAUAGCGAUUAUAACACAUAACAGUUCCAAGCCGCUUAAGAUAUUUUGCCCAGUAUGCAAAAUGCACUAUACAUUGAAAAGCUUUAAAGGAAAUUCAAAAUCAAUCCUUUAUUGUAGUUAUAAGAUUAACUUAUACACGAAAUUAUUUUGACGGAUAUUAGAAAGUUUGUCAACGAUUGUGUGUACGAUACUUUAAAGCUCCUGAAAUUAUGCAGAAAUAUUAGUUUGCAAUACCGCGAUGAGAAAUUCGAUUAAAUAUGAACCUUCGUGCAACCGAGAUCCGGUUAAAUAUAUACCUUUUAAUUAUUAUAUUUAUUUUUUUUUUAAAGUUAAUUUGCUUUUUGGUAUAAUAAUGUAUUUUUUUCAUAACAUAUACAAUUACAUAUAUUAUUUUUUACAAGCAUACAUUCGUAGUUUAGUUUGUAAUUGUAAUUGUGUAGUACUCAUUCGUACAUUAAUAUUUCCAUUAUAUAUUCAUAAACGAAUUUGCUCCUAUGUUGCGUCAAUACACAGCUUAUCUAAAUUUUUUGUUUUUUUUUUUUCUUAAGUAGUAAAUGCUAUUUUGAAUUAUUUGUACUACUUUCGUAGGAAAUCUUGUUUGAAAACUUUUAAUAACUUACUACUUAUAUCGUGCAUUCAAAAAAAUGUAUAUCCACAUUAUAGUAACAAAUGUUGUAAUGACUGUUUAAACGAUAUAUAUGUAUAUAUAUAUAUAUAUCUAUAGAAAAACGUUUUUAAAUGUCUGUUAUUUUCGAAAUUUGUUUUAUCAAUAUGAUAUACUAGAGAAAGAGUGUGGAACUCACAGUUGCAACCUGAACUGCGUGUGUGUGUCAUAUAUAUAUAUUUAUUUGAAAAAUAUAUAUGUAUAUAUGUACGAUGAAGGCAUGGAUUAGAUCAGAAAGAAUACACAUAUUUCAUAGUUUCAGCGGGAACAAAGCGUAAAUAGCAGUGUACAUCGAAAGGUUUACAGUUUGUCUAUAGAACGUAACUAUUUUAAAUUUCAUGUAUAUACGUGUUUCUUUCUAAAAUUAGUUCAUUCAUUCUACACAUAUUUCUACAUACGUUGCAUUGAAAUUUCUUUGUGUUUUGAACUUUAUUAUUCCCUAAACGGAUCGUGUCCACAUCUUCAAUUAGUCCCAAAAAAAAAAAAUAAAACUACAAAUUUUAGCCAUAAAGUUGUUUUCAUAACCAUCUUCCGAGAAGUAGCAAAGUCCGAAAAUUAUUUGCCGUUAUUUUAUUUUACCGCUACUAACAUUAUUUUAAUUGUAAAUUAUAAUACAAAGAAAAAAGAAUAAAAAACAAUGCACAAUAACUUUUCCUUCUCUAAUUGCGCAAAACAGGAAUAAAUUGAUUUUGUUGGUUAUAGGUUUUAUAAAUAGCUUUCUUGAUCUUCUGAUGCUUUUCUCGCAUUUCAAAAUUCAUUCAUUAUCUAAUUUGAUAACAUGCAGUUGACUGAACGCUUAAACUAAGCACUGGGCAUCGACGCCAGCUUUCUUAUUCAACGUCCAUAAAUUACAGUCAGCAAAGUGCUGUGAAUUUUUAAAUUUUUGAUUUUCAGUUAAAACUUCAAUUUAUUGACUGAGACCGUAGUCCAAGUGACGGCAUUGAUACUAUCGACGAGCAUGAUCGGUUGUAAGUUACUAGCGCAAAUCCACUUAGAGUCUGUAUGGUCUUAUUAUACGCGCUUUGCCCAAAAAAAAAAAAUUCCCACCACGUUGCUUAGCUAGGCGAAUCGAUAAUGUUCGCACCGAUCGCAAAGCAACGAGUGAUUGCUUAACUUUUUUGUUCCAAUUGCUUUAAAGUCUCUUGUCUUUGUUGUUCGGCUGCUACAUUAUUGGAUAAAUAAGGAAUAAUAACUAGCUUCUUCAAGCUAUUACUUGCAAUAAAUUCGAGAUACGUACAAGCAAUAAACUAUUGGAAAUGUUUCUUAAUGAUGAGCGGCAGCCUCUUUAGCUUUCUGAUCGGCGCAGGCUUUCUCAUUUUCAGGCGGGUCCACUACAGACAAGACAUUUGAUUGAUGUUACCUUUAUUUAAAACACAUAUCACGCCCGUUGAACACAAACCUAGUUUACUCAUUUUAUAAAAUAUACGAA